AUUUAUUGAUCUGAUAAUAUGGGAUUCGUCUUAAAAGGAGCAGCUCUUUUUAGAGCCUCAACACUAUUAGCUGCCAUCGGUUUCUUACUCUUUGGUUAUGAUCAAGGUGUCAUGUCUGGUGUCGUAGCCAAUGAUCUCUUCCUUAAUACAAUGGGUAAUCCUGAUUCCGCUUUGGUCGGUGCCAUUGUCGCCUUGUACGAAAUCGGUUGUAUGUUUGGUGCUUUAUCCACUGGCCGCAUUGGUGAUUGGUUAGGUCGUAGAAAGACAAUCCGUUUGGGUUGUUUGAUUCUUUGUAUUGGUGCCAUCUUACAAACCGCUGCUGUCAAUGCAGGUAUGAUGAUUGUUGCUCGUAUCAUCACUGGUGUUGGCAAUGGUAUGAACACAGCAACUAUUCCUGUCUACCAAGCUGAAUUAUCUCCUCCCAAGUCCAGAGGUUCUCAUGUCGCCUUUGAAGCAUCCUUGUUGACAAUCGGUGUUGCUGUUGCCUAUUGGCUCGAAUAUGGUCUUUACUUUGUCCAAGGUGAAUUUGCCUGGCGAUUCCCUCUUGCUUUCCAAAUGGUCUUCGCCAUCAUCUUGGGUCUUGCUUCUUUUAUUCUUCCUGAAUCACCUCGUUGGUUACAAGCUCACGGCCAUGAAGAAGAAUGUAAGAAAGUGUUGGCUCGUCUCUGGUCAGACUGUGAUACGACUCAUCCUCGUUGUAUUGCCGAAUGGGAAGAAAUUCGUGACGGUAUUGAACUCGAACGUCGUGAAGGUAUCUCAUCCUAUGUCGAAUUGUUCAAGAAGGGCAAAAUGAACAACCGUUAUCGUGUGUUGCUGGGUAUGGGUGGUCAAUUGAUUCAACAGUUUGGUGGUAUUAACGUCAUCAGUUACUACUUGGCCGAUGUCUUCAAGCAAGCAGGUAUGAGCACUGAAAAGGCUAUGCUCAUGGCCGGUGUCGAUUCCUUUGUGUACUUUGCAGGUGCUGUCACCCCCAUCUUCACCAUCGAACGUCUCGGUCGUCGUUGGCUCAUGUAUGCUGGUCUGAUUGGUCAAGCCAUCACACUGCUUAUUGUCGGUGGUGGUGAAUACAUUGUCCAAAGAGAUCAAGCACUCUAUGGCACCUUGAACGGACCCGCUUCCAAGGCUGUCAUUGCCUUUGUCAUGCUUUACACCUUUGUCUUUGGUGCUGCCUGGUUAGGUCUCGCCUGGUUGUAUCCCUCCGAAAUUUUCUCGACUGGUCUUCGUGCAAAGGGUAACUCCAUGUCAACAGCUGCCAACUGGUUGGGUAACUUUGUUGUGGCCAUGAUUGCCCCUGUUUUGUUUGAAUACGCCAAGUACUGGACCUUCCUCAUGUUUGGUAUCCUCAACGUGAUCUUUUUGAUUCCUAUUUACUUCUUCUAUCCCGAAACUAUGGGCAAGUCAUUGGAAGAAAUCGAAGUCUUGUUUGCUACCGAAGAUCUUCAAGAAGAUGCCAAAUCGAUUGCUUCUCACAUUGGUUCUGUUUCCUUGUACGAAAAGACACACGGAGAUGCUGAGUCAGGCCGCGGUUCUCGACCUCAGUCCCGUCGUUUCCCAAGUAACUUCUCUGGUCGUCAAAGUGUCAUGAGUGCCAAUAAGGCAAAUGAUAAACCCGCUGUGGACUCCGAAGCUGCCCAUGUGAAGAAUGAUUAUGAUGAAAAGGGACCCAACUAUAAAUAAUAAGGCAGUGCCUUUUUAAUUGUUACUAUUAUUUAUUAUUAUUAUUAUAGUUGUGUAUAUAUAUAUUUUAAUGCUAUAUUCAAAUAAAAAAAAAAACAAGACAGACCC